AUGAGCGCGGCGCCUCCAGGUGUUGGCUUCGACGCGAGCAGUCAGUCUGGCAGCGACUUCGGCUUUGGAACGCCUCAGAGCAUGAGCAUCGACACCAUGAUGCAGGGCAGUGAUAUGCCGACAAGUCGACCACCGCCUGUGAAUGCGCCAGGCGGCAUAGGGGCUUUUGGUGCUGCUUACGAUCCUUCCCUCGUUGGCCCACCAGGGACGCAGAACGGUCAUCACCAGCAUCGAGGCUCAAUGUCGAGCUUCCAAGACGGGACGUCACCUGUACUUGGUCAUCAACACCGACUCAGCAUCAACAGUAAUGGUCCGUUCCCGGCGCAAGACAGACACUACAGCUUCGGUGGCUCGGAUACCACCAGUCCUGGAGGCCAGCGAGGGCAUGGGAGCAUUGGAGAUAACUCUCGAGCUAACAACAGCAACGACACGGUAGACUCGCAGAAUGCGGACAAAGACGAAAACAACAAGAACGGCGACAAUUCGAACAACCCACCACCUGCCUGGAGCGAGCUGAAGACGAAGGCUGGCAAAGAGCGGAAACGUUUACCUCUCGCUUGCAUAGCAUGCAGGCGGAAGAAGAUUCGAUGUUCUGGCGAGAAGCCUGCCUGCAAGCACUGCUUGAGAUCGCGGAUACCCUGCGUCUACAAGGUCACGACACGAAAAGCCGCGCCUCGAACAGACUAUAUGGCUAUGUUGGACAAGCGACUGAAGAGGAUGGAAGAGCGAGUCAUCAAAAUCGUACCGAAGGAAGAGCAAGGCAUAGUCAGCAGCACCGGCAGAGCGGUCGUCAAACCACCUCUCCCACCACCGCCUCCAAGAUCAGCUGGAGGAUCCAAGAAGCGUGCCGCAGAAGCCGCAUUUGGUGAUGAGCUGGACGAGUGGGCCAAUGCGAAAGCUCCUGUAGUCGAGGCGAAAGAUGGGAUUGUUGAGGAAGGCGAGAAAGAGCCGUUGAAGAAGCAGGCGUCAGAAGAGCACAAUCUGCUGCAAGAGGGUGCGGAUAAACUGCCGCCCAAGGCAAUACAAGAGCAUCUGGCGGAGGUCUUCUUCGAUGCUGUCUACUGCCAGAGCUAUCCCUUGUUACACAAACCGAGUUUCAUGCGGAAGUUGGCGCAUGGAACGGUGCCGCCAGUCUUGACACUCGCGGUCUGCGCUAUAUCUGCUCGCUUUUCGAAUCAUCCGGAAGUGCGCACGGAGCCUGCAUUUCUGCGAGGUGAGGUAUGGGCGAGCGCUGCGCGAGAUAUUGCGCUGCGACGGUAUGACACGCCGAACAUCACAAUUCUGAUCGUCUAUCUCAUCCUUGGACUACACGAGUUCGGCACAUGUCAGGGCGGCAGAAGUUGGAUGUUUGGUGGCAUGGCGCAGCGUAUGGCGUACGCACUGCAACUGCACAAGGACCUCGACCACGAUCCGCGAUCGCAGGAGUCUGACGAGAAGAACGAGCUUACAUUCACCGAUCGAGAGAUCCGGCGGCGGACGAUGUGGUCGUGCUUCUUGAUGGAUCGAUUCAACUCGAGCGGCACAGACCGACCGCUGUUUGUUGGCGAACAGUACAUUCGUGCUCAGCUUCCCAUCAAAGACUCCUACUUCCAGAUGGACAUUACUGGACCGACAGAGGAUCUGGAUGGCAACGUUCCGAACCCGGUGGAGCCCGGUUCAGGUCAAAUGUCCAACGCUCAAGAGAACAUGGGAGUAACAGCCUACCUGAUCCGACUGGUGAGCAUCUGGGGCAAGCUCGUCGCUUACCUGAAUCUCGGCGGCAAAGACAGAGACGGGCAUCCAAUGUGGGCAGAGGAGUCAACCUUCCACGACAUCAAACGCGCAGUGAAAGCGUGGAAAGAAGCUUUGCCAGACGGGAUGCAGUACAACGCGGAGAACUUGCAGAACCAUGCCAGUGAGAAAGCGGCGAACCAGUUCAUCUUCUUGCACAUUGUAUACAACCAGGUCCUCCUCUUCAUGAACCGCUUCGCUUUGCCAAUUCCUGGAUCUCGACCGACGUUUCCCAAGGACAUGCCUGAAAGCUUUAUUUCGGAAGCUUCGAGGGCGGCGCAUGAGGCUGCGAACCAGAUCUCGAAUCUUGUGAAUGAAGGGAUGGACCAUCAUGUCGUGGCGCCGUUUGCAGGCUACUCUGCGUUCUUCUCCAGCACUGUACACAUCUACGGCGCUUUCUCGAAGAAUCCCAGCCUGGAAGCAUCGAGCAAGCAGAAUCUGGCUUGGAACGUGAAAUACUUGACGAAGCUGAAAAAGUACUGGGGCAUGUUCCACUUCGUCACUGAGAACCUUCGUGACCUGUAUCGGCGACACGCGGAUGCAGCGCGAUCAGGAAGUAAAAGCAAAGAGGGCGAUCAGGCAAUCUUCCAAUACGGCGACUGGUUUGAUCGAUAUCCGCACGGCGUCAGCGGGACAGACUAUGAAGAGCCGAGCGCUGAGAUCAAGAAGGAACCUGGCGCUGAUGCUGUGCUCGGCCAGAAGAGCGAUCUACAGAGCGUAGAAGAGUUUUUCUCGAAACUCAGCCCACCCAGUCGCGCAGCUGUCAAUCAAGAGAAGCAACCGCAACACCGCAAGAUGGCCAAGAGACGGCACUCGAAGACCCAAAGCAAGCAAUCGAACACCGCCAAUACCCAGCACUCCCAGCAACAACCCCAGCAACAGUCCGAAGACCUCCCUCAAGACCGCCGACCAUCCGUAGACGAACUCAUGUCCCAGCAAGCCUACCACCAACAACCCGACCUCUCCGCCCUCUCCCAGCAACAACAACAACACUCCACGGCCUUCCCACCGGGCUUCCAACCGCCCCACAACCCGCUCCUCCUUACCCCGCCCCAGCAGCAAAUGAUGUCCCAGCUCGACCGCCAAAUGGUCCUCAACUCCUACGCCGGCAUCAACCCGCCCUCGUCCGCCACGCACCCGGGCUUCAACACCCUCGCCGCCAACAACAAUCCAAAUCCCAUGCUCGACCCGUCCCUCGACCCGUUUGACUUCCACAGCAUGUCUAAUGGGAACGGGAACGGGAGCGGGAAUAUGUGGGGCGACCCGUCGAGCGCGUGGUUCAUGCCUUUCAACAUGGAUCCGCCGGCCAUUGGGGAGGAUAGCGGGUGGUUUAAUGGGGGGUUUGACUGGUCUGGGUUUGGAGGGGGGUUAGAUUUCGGGGUGCAGGGGACGGGGUUGACGCCGAGGCCGGAGUUGGAUGUUGAGACGGUGGGGCAGGAGGGGUUGGGCGGGAGUAGUGGGGUAGGGGAGGAGCAGGCUGCUGGUGGGGGAAGUGGGGGUGGGAUGGGCGAGAUGUAG